UCUGCCCCAUUCUGUUAUUAGGAGCGCAAAAAUCCCAUCUGACUUGGAGUCGCCUACUUAUUAUCUUGGAAAAUCCAAAACAGCAAUGGCUAACAUGUUGAACUGCACUGGGCUUGCGUCCGAGUGGCGACUCAGGGUGGAUUUUGAAACGGUUAGGACAGUAGCAAUGGUACGAGCUAUAGUAAAUGGCAUCACUUCUCCAUUCACAAUCAUCUUUAAUUUGUUAGUUAUCAUAGCGCUCGUGAAGGUGCGACCGCUGCGCAGCAGGGCGAACCUAAUGCUGGGAUGUUUGGCAGUCACUGACCUUAUGACGGGACUCAUCGUUCAACCGCUAGCGGUGAACUUUAAUGUGACUCUGUACUUGAACCCUUUGCAAUGCCCGUCAUCUGCUACUCAGACAAUGUCGAAGAUAAUAACAUCCAGUUCCUUGUACCACAUUACUCUAUUGAACAUUGAUCGGCUGAUCGCCAUGAAGAAAACGUUCCGGUACCCUGUUAUUGUAACAGAUGGACGCGUAUGCUUGGCCGUCAUCAUGGCGUGGGUUGUAGCAAUUGGCUUUGCUAUCUUCGAUGCCUUCGUUCCUACCUCUAAAAUUUCUCAAAACUUUAGGAUUAUUUGCAUUCUUACGACCUGCAUUUGCUGCUUUGUUGUCUGGUGCGAGAGUAGAAAGCACCAACGCCAAAUUGCCGCAAAUCACGUAUCUCUGGGUACGGCACCUCCCCAAAGCAACGCAAACAUGGCUUUUGUCUUAAUCACCAUCACCCUCUUUUUAACGUAUUUCUUUUUCUUUGCAAUACGAGUAGCUCAAGAGCAAGCCCCCUUACUACAAGCACUUUCCACGUUGGUAGUAGUCCAUAGCUCGCUUAUCAAUCCAUUGCUUUAUUCGAUUCGAACAACAGCAUUUCGAGAUGCGAUAAGAGCAAUUCUUGGAAUACAUAGCCCAGCUGUUGCACCUGGGGGACAUGAGGACAUUCUGAGGCCUGUGAGGCUGGCAUGGGCUGAGUGAACAUCUGGGGAGGAGGAAGAGAGCAGAAAUUCUGUAGUCGGGAUUAAUACUACAAGAUCGCCUUAAUUAACAAUGGGCGACUUGAAAACCACGUGAUUUUUUGAGUGAGAAACUCACACACAAAAAAAAAAAGAAAAAGAAAUAAUAAAAAAAAGAAAAAAAACAAAAACAAAAAAAAGAAGAAAAACAAUAAAACAGAAAUGGCUACCAAGCAAGAGAGCUAACUAAAUAGAUACGUAGAUAGAUAGAUAGAUAGAUAGAUAGAUAGAUAGGUAGAAUGACUAAUUUUUACUUGCAUAUAACAGAAGCUAGAAGGACUUAAAUAAAAUUGUUUGAUUUAACCCUAUUCAGACUGGGCUAUUUUGAGCUGUCUGUGACUGGGGGGAGGGGGGCUGAAAGCCCCCCCCCCCCUCCGUAUUUCAUGAACCGCUUAGGCUAUGACUAUUAAGCUUACAGACAAUGAGCACCAGCAUGCAAAGAAUCGCCACGCUCUAAUUUGGGUGUGGUCGAAACAAUUAUGACGUUACAAUGACGUCAUAAAAAACGAUGUCUAGCUAUUCUUUCAAAUAUUGCCUAAAUUAUCAGAUAUCGGGUUAAAAAUCAUUU